AUGAGCACAAGCGGCGAGUUUCAACAACGCUCCUCUCAAUCCGAGAUACACAAAAGAGAAUUUUACGAAGCUCCUAACGAGGAGCUUUCUAUGGAUAAAAAUGAUAUGGAUAAAUAUGAUGAUGAAAGUGGUAGCGGUGGUAGCGAAGAAGUUGUUUUGAGAAAAUCCUUUUCCCUUUGGUCAAUUCUUGGUGUUGGAUUUGGUCUAACCAAUUCCUGGUUUGGUAUUUCCGCAUCAUUAGUUACAGGUCUAUCUUCUGGUGGUCCCUUGUUAGUGAUCUAUGGUAUUAUUCUCAUUUCAUUAAUUUCCAUUACAAUUGGGGUAAGUUUAGGUGAACUGACGUCUGCAUACCCACAUGCAGGUGGUCAAUUUUGGUGGUCGUUGAAGUUAGCUCCACCUAAGCAUAAGAGAUUUGCAGCCUACAUGUGUGGAUCGUUUGCAUACGCUGGUGCCAUUUUCACCAGUGCAUCGACGACACUUUCAGUGGCAAGUGAGCUGGUCGCUAUGUAUCAAUUGACACAUGAAGAUUUUACACCAAAGAGGUGGCAAGUUUUUGUCACCUAUCUAAUUUUACAUUUUUUCCUAAUGCAAUUUAACUGCUACGGUAAAUCCUUACCGUUAAUUGCAUCUUCAUCAUUGUACAUUUCUUUGCUCUCAUUCAUUGUAAUUACAAUUACAGUUUUAGCAUGUUCAAGUGGUCAUUUUAAUUCUGCAAAAUUUGUCUUUUCUCAUUUUUAUAAUGAGACUGGUUGGUCAAGUGGUGGAAUUGCAUUUAUCGUUGGUUUAAUUAAUCCAGCAUGGUCAUUUUCAUGUUUAGAUUGUGCAACUCAUAUGGCAUUUGAAGUGGAAAAACCUGAAACAAUUAUACCGACUGCCAUUUUAGGGACUAUUGCAAUUGGUUUCAUCACGUCUUUCUGUUAUGUUAUUUCACUUUUCUUUAGUAUUCGUGAUUUACCAUCUGUGCUCAAUAAUACUGGUGGAUUCCCAGUUUUAGUCAUUUACGAACAAGCAUUGAAUAGUAAAGCGGGUGCCAUUGUGCUUGGAUGUUUAAUUUUAUUCACUUCAUUUGGUUGUGUGAUUGCAAGUCACACUUGGCAGUCUAGAUUGUGCUGGUCGUUUUCUAGAGAUGGAGGUUUACCAUUUGCAGGUUUGUGGUCAAAGGUGAAUUCUCGUAUGGGUGUUCCAUUAAACGCUCAUCUAAUGUCAUGUGUUUGGGUUGCUAUCAUUGGUUUUCUUUAUUUGGCAUCGAGUACAGCUUUCAAUUCUUUGAUCACUGCGUGUAUUGCAUUUUUGCUACUAUCAUAUUCUAUUCCAGUCAUUUGUCUUUUAAUGAAGAAGCGUCAAAUUGCCCAUGGUCCAUUUUGGUUCGGUAAAUUUGGCUUGUUUUGUAACAUUGCCCUAUUGUUAUGGACUGUCUUCUGUUUGGUAUUCUUCAGUUUCCCACCAGAUUAUCCAGUGAAUAAAGAUAAUAUGAACUAUGUUUCUGUGGUCAUUGUUGGUUAUUUCUUAUACAGUUUAAUCUAUUGGAAGUUCUGGGCAAGCAAGGAUUUUCACACACAUGAUGAUGAUGAUGAUGAACAAACUGUAGCACAAGAGAUCUCAAACGAAGGUUUCGAUGAAUACGAUGGAACAGAUGAUAGUCGAACCCAUUCUUCAGUUAUCGCCACGACUCCUCAACAUAUGGACUUUAUUGAAAAAUCCACUAAAUGA